CCCUCCCUCUCUCUCCCUCUCAUCUCCAGCCUCACAGAGCAGGGGGAGUCUGCACACUCGUCAGUUCCCCUGCCGCAUCACCACAGACGCACGUGCUUUCUGUUUAUUGCCUCUCAGAACAAGCCACCCAGGCGCGUUCUCCCAGGGUAGGCUGUUCCUCGCACACAGAGGCCGAGGACGGGAGAAGAGGAGACACGAGCACAAAGAAACCAGCCUAAACCACAUCACAACAGAUGGGGCCUGAUCUGGAUUGUUAUGGAGUUCCUCUGUAAAGACUAACAGCCACGUAUCAGAAACUGCUUCAGACAAUGUUGCUCUCCAGGAUGGCUGGUCUGAAGGAGCUGCAGUUCACUGAGGAUAAACCUUUGCUGCCAGGCCAGGACACGGAGAUGCUGGAACGCAGAGAGGGACUGCGCACGUCUGCACAGCCCCGUUCCUCCAAACCUGAGGCAAAACCUCCCACUGGCCUCCAGCGCAGCCACGUGAUCGCACGGCACUGGCUCCGAAUCACCAGACGAAGGACUAGAGGUCGCGUACCGGAAAACUGUGAGACGUUUCUCUCGAUUGGGGACGCAGACUGGAAGGAACAUGACAUUGAGACCCCCUAUGGGAUGCUCCACGUGGUGAUCAGAGGGGCACCGAAGGGCAACCGUCCUACUAUUCUCACCUACCAUGAUGUUGGCCUCAACCACAAGCUGUGCUUCAACACAUUCUUCAACUUCGAGGACAUGCAGGAGAUCACAAAGCACUUUGUCGUGUGCCAUGUGGAUGCUCCUGGCCAGCAGACUGGUGCCUCUCAGUUCCCCCAGGGGUACCAGUAUCCCACUAUGGACCAGCUGGCUGGAAUGCUACCCAGUGUGAUCCAGCACUUUGGGUUCAAAAGCAUUGUUGGAAUAGGUGUGGGAGCAGGUGCCUACAUCUUGGCUAAGUUUGCUCUGAUCUUCCCUGACCUGGUGGAGGGCCUGGUCCUGCUCAACAUUGACCCCAAUGGGAAGGGUUGGAUCGACUGGGCAGCGACCAAGCUGUCCGGACUAACCAGCUCUCUUCCAGACACAGUUCUGUCCCAUUUGUUCAGCCAGGAGGAGCUGAUGAGCAACACAGAGCUUGUGCAGAGCUACAGGCAGCAGAUUGGGAGCAGCAUCAAUCAGUUUAAUCUGCAGCUCUUCUGGAACAUGUACAAUAGCCGCAGAGACCUGGAGAUGAACAGACCUGGCACAGUGGUCAAUGCCAAGACCCUGCAGUGCCCAGCCAUGUUGGUGGUUGGAGACAAUGCCCCAGCUGAAGAAGGAGUGGUUGAAUGCAACUCCAAGCUGGAUCCCACUAAUACCACUUUCCUGAAGAUGGCCGACUCUGGCGGUCUGCCUCAGGUCACCCAGCCUGGAAAACUAACAGAGGCUUUCAAGUACUUUCUUCAAGGGAUGGGAUACAUUGCGUAUCUAAAGGAUCGGAGGUUGAGUGGAGGAGCAGUGCCCUCGGCCAGCAUGACUCGCCUGGCCCGUUCAAGGACUGCCUCUUUGACCAGCGCCAGCUCCGUGGACGGUUCGCGCGCCCGGCCGUGCACCCACUCCGACAGCAGCGACGGCGUGGGCCAGAUCAACCACACCAUGGAGGUGUCCUGCUGAAGACACCUGGGAGGCCGGCAGAGAGACAGUAAAAGAGGCCUCAGCAGAUGACGGGCACUCUUGUGGGGCCGCCAUUUUGGCAAGUCAUCCCUCUCUUUCCCAUCCACCCCUCCUCUUCUCCCCUCGCUCUGCAAACUCAACACAAAACCUAUUCCUUAACUUAAGAACAGUAGCCAUUGUUUCUAGCUGGUUUCACGUGAUGGUCGUUUGUGUUUCGCAGUGUAUCCUCCUGCUUGUCAUUACCAGAUCCUGUUCUCUGAUAUGCUGUGUGGGUUAAAUUCCUGUGUAAUGGUUGUGGGGGGAUGGGAACGUUAACUUGACCUUCAGCCUUUUGAAGUAUUCUGAAUCUUUUUUGAGAAGGUGGUUCCUGUGUCAUUCUGCAGCCUUUUCGGUUCUUCCCUCUGGAUUUGAACAAUGGGAAGGAGAGACUGUGGGCCCAACCCUUGGGAUUGCCAUGUGGCCGUGCCUACAGCAUUCUUCUGGCUCUGUAGUCAACCUCAUGUCCAUCUUUCUCAAACACAGACUAACCAUGGCUCAGCCCCUGGUCCUGGGAAAUUCUUCAUCCCUGGGGUGAAUUCCUUCCAAAUAAUGAACUCAUUCUUUGUGACUAAUUCAGUGAAAAUCCAGUCAUUUUGCAUAUGAAGAAAGUAAUUGAAGCAAUCAAAAUUCUAAAAUGUGUUCCUUUAUUGUCAUUCUCAAAUUUGUAGAUAUCUUGUGGGGUGGAACGAAAAAUUCUCAGAUGAUAAUUUGAUGAUUCAGACCAGCUGAAGCAAAGUAUGUGAUUGGAAGUAUAGUGCAACUGUGAGACACAAGAAGGCCGUGCGAUGGGAAAGGUUUUAGGAGACUCACUGAUCAACAUGACAGUAAAUUAUAUUAGCUAGAGAAAGUUAGAUAGCUGCAAUUGGUCCAGUGGAUCUUCAAAACGUGGGCGGAUAGUGGCUUAUACUUGCAUACUGUAGGGGAAGGCGUUCGGCCAUGAACUCAUAAUAUUCAUGAGCCAUAUUGUUCUUUGGAAUCACUGACAUAACCUUUCAAACCUAAACCAAUUUUAUGGGAGUCUCUGCUAGCAGACUGGAUGAUACAACCAAAGCUUUCAUGGUAUCAGCCAGUGAGAACUAAGCGAUCCGAGGCUGGCGGGUCCGAAUGGGGGGCGUUUUGGCCAACGAUCAGCUUUCUAGAGUCUCUUUAAAAUGACAAUCACGUUUACCAUGUACCAAAACUGACUUUGGAGCUGUGGCAGCGCCAGCUUAGACCAGCUACAAAGAUUUGCCCCGAGGCAGACACUCACAAGGUUUGAUAUCAAAGCUUCCGUCCAUAACAGGCCCCAUGUCCCCACACUGAUGUGUUCUUCAGUUUCCUAACGUGUACCAAAGGGGAGGUAAAGACGGGGGCUUUUCACUGUGGGGACAUAACAGCAGCUGAUCGCCUAAAAGAAACAAGCAGACAUCUCCUAGUAUUCUUAUGCAUAGACAAAGUUUCCUACAACUUUUCUUCUAGACAAAAUAAAAAUGAACUGAAUUCAAUGUAAAUGCUGAAUUUUCACAGAUCACUUUAUAGGCCUCUGAGCAAUAUUCUAUUCAAACUUAACCAAAAUUACAAUUUGACAGAUGUGGCUGGUCAUACUGUACGAUCUAUUUUGUUAGGAUUAUCCAUUACACAAGGAAAAAGACAAAUCAGUCCCAAAGCAGUGAAAGUCUCAUGGGGUGUAUUGGAAUUUAUCUUCAAAACAAUUACUUUCUCCAUACAAGCAAAAUUCAUUUUGAAAAGGAGAACAAAAUGGAAAAAUUAAUGAGGAGACCCACCUUUUACUACUGGUUAUUUUCACCUAAAGUGGAAUCAUUUCUACCUUUUGGAAGAAUACUUUUAAAAAAUGCCAUGUCUCCAUGAGCGCCCAGGAAUUUUCCAGGUAUCACUGGCUUUUCCUUGUAGCACUUUUUCAUGUCAGCUUGAAUGUCAAAUCCAAGACAGUUAUUCUGUAACUGGCAGCAAAGCACAGAGGGGGAUUAAUGGCUGUCUGUAAGGGGUGGGGCUUGUAGAGCCUGUUGCUCUGAGCUCUGAAUGUAGGACACUUCCCCACAAAUCGCUUGUGCCCCACCUCUCCCAGAUACGAUUAAUUGCCUUAUAAGGGCUAUCAGAUUGGAUGCAUUUAAUUCCCUUACUAGUGUUGGGACCAAUGCAGAAAACUAAAUGUUGUGAUAUACAGUGUGUGCUUAUAGUCUAUAACAGACAGCUCUACUCACUUAAAAUCCAUCCACCAUCCCUAUAAAUUAUUUCAAAGCAAAGCCAGAUCAUUUCCAAUUCUCUUUAAUUUCAGGAGCCAGACAGGGAGUUUCACAUACUGUACCUAUAGGAUGAACACUUUUUAGUGACAGAAACUAGAAACUUUCUGCUUCAUUAACCCUUUUAGAUAUUCAAAUUAAAUGUUUUCACAUGGCCGAACUACAGUAUACUAGCUUUACUGUUGCCUUGAUAUACCUGGUCACUAAGACUACGUUUUAGUGCUAAAACAUACUGUAAAUUGAACAGUAGGAUAGAAAAUUAAAUGGUCCCAAAUUUCACAUUACAUUCAUUUUGUUUAUACAUUUGGAUCUCAAAUGGAAUAGUUUGUUAACAGAAUCCAAACAUUGAAUACACACAUACUGUACCUUUAACGGUAGUGUUCUACUUUCAAAAUUUAGCCCUGUCCAAAAUCGUUUAUUUUGAUGGUCUUUGCUCUCUUUGGUAAAUGAGGGCUAACUUUAAAAAAACGAGCUGUCCCACGGUCAUGUGUCUACAAUGAAGUGGGUCCCAUCUACUAUAUUUGAAAUCAUCUUUUAUUCAAGUCAUCUGGAUGGUCAAAGCCAUUUUCUUCCCUCUGUUUCUCCUUCUCCUCAUGCUUGCUGUGCUGUACAGUGAGCUGAGCAUGUAGCCCCCAGGUCUCCUUCCCACAUUCUCCAGAUCCCUGCUCCGUUUCUGGAUGUGUUGCUCCCUCUACUUUUGUUUUUCAUUACAAGGUACUCCAACCCCCUGCUGAGCCUAGCCCAGAGAUGCGUCGCCAUAGGAACACGGUUUCUCCUCCAGGUUUUAAUCAUUCAUUUCUCAUGUAUGUUUUAUUAUUUUGAGCAAUACGGUUAUGCAGUACAGUUGGUCAGAGAUGUCACAAUUUCUAGGUUUUUUUUAGGCAGCACAACAAGAAAGAGUUUAAUCAUGUCAUUUCCGGGCUAUAUAGGCACAAACUGUAAAUGGAAUAAGCUUGGGAACAAUAUGUUUCUUUAGGCAAGGGAAACACAAAAGAGGAAAAGAACAGAGACUAUCUCGCUCAGGUAUUGGCACUGGGCUGAGUGGUAUGAGCUGAAUGACUGACAGGAAUGUGGCAUUGUGGAUUAGCGGGAAGAACUAUGGCUUUUUUCCUACUUUUACAGUGAGGGCUGAGAGACUAGCGGAGAAGGUCGGUGUAGAUGGAACAUGGAUAUCUUGUGAUAACGUAAGGCCAUUCUGUCAAGAUCUCCAGCCACAGAAAGAAACAAUAAAGGUGGUGGGUAUUUGAGCAGUUUUGGAUGACCAAGACAUCAGCAAGUUCAGGAAAAGAAAUUCAAAUCAAUGUCACUUUUCAUACAAUGUGAAAUACAUGACAAACACUGAGGAAGGAGUUUCAGAAGAGGGAAGAAAAUGUUCUAGGUGUCAGUGGGUCACAGCGCAUUAAAAGCUAAUAUUAACAGGUUCUGAAAAAGAAACUGGAUUAUGACGAUAGUGUUUCUUCCUGGCCUGUUCUAUCCGAAGGCAGUGAAAACCUAAGGCUGUCUUUCUUUAAGUUUGUGUAGCAUGUGGUCUGUAAUUCUAAGAAAACUCGCUCCCUCUUUUCAUAGCCUGCUUUCAGCCUAGCAGUCUAGCCACUGAGCUUAACCGCAGUCCUAUUUUAAGCCUACAGAGUGAAAGCUGAAUGUAUAGUUAGAUAUGAUGACAUCUCUGGUUGAGCUGUGCAACCUGUGUCCAUUGUCUCCAGGUGCUGUAAGAACCUUUAAAUGUGCUUCCCCCCAGAGAUCCAGUGUUGUAUUUAUUGAGCAAUUGCGCUGUAGAUACCUGCCAUUUUUAGAGCGAUAACUGAGGUACAUAUUCAGUACAAGUUUAAAAUUGUGAUGAAUACAGUAUUUCUGAUCCUCUUCCUUGAUUUCCCUUCUUUUUUUAUAUUAUGACCAGUGUUCUCCUGUGGUUCGGUUGUUCCUGUGGGGUGUUAUUAAUUAUUAAUAGUAUAAUUUAGUUUUUUUGUAUUCAGCAAUAAGCUGUUCUGUUCUCUUGCCAUUUUGUGGGUUUCUCUAUGACCUGUAAUCAAGCCCACAUUACGUAGGUGCCACAGUAAAUCGCUUAAUUAUAAUUCUGAAGUAUUAUAUAAAUGGUGUCACUGGUGAUGUAAUAAAAUAUAGUCAACAAUAAAAAGAUUUAUGUCAACA